CAAACAUUCAAACAUGGGAGUGGAACGAUGGUCGAUCGCUACGGUGGAACUUACGGAGGUACAAGACAUAGCUGCAGGGCCAAAAAUGUGAUCAUUGAAGUUUUCCUGCGCUCCUCGACUGUCAUACCAAUCUCUCUGCCGUGUUCCCACCAGCAUCAACAUACGAAGUGUCGCAAAUAUGCCGAAAGCAGACUCACCAACAGGCUUUAAGCCGCUGCAAGAUACUGCUCUAUUCACACCGUUCAAGCUUGGGUCGCUCCAGCUUGAGCACAGAAUCGUACAAGCACCACUUACGCGCAUGCGAUCGACGAAAGAGAGCGAUGGUGUCACGGUCCCCAGUGACCUCAAUGUCGAGUACUUUGGCCAGCGUGCAAGCAAAGGCGGCUUGCAGUUGACCGAGGCUACAGAUAUCGCGAAAUUUGCUGGUGGAUAUCCCGGCGCUCCUGGUGUUUUCACCGACUCCCAGAUUGCUGGCUGGAAGAAGGUCACCGAUGCCGUUCACGCAAAAGGCGGAUAUAUUUUCUGCCAACUGUGGCACACAGGACGAGCGUCCCCACCCUCUUUCCGUGGCGGACAACAAUCUGUCAGCUCGAGCGACAUACCGAUGGAAGGCAGCUGGGCUGAUGGCACGGCGUGCGCAGAGCACCCACCACGCGCCCUGACAGUCGACGAGAUCCAGCAGAUCGUGAGAGACUUUGGCUCCGCGGCGAAGAAGGCACGCGAGGCUGGCUUUGACGGUAUCGAGAUUCAUGGCGCGAAUGGCUAUCUUGUCGACCAGUUUUUGCACGACAAUGUAAACAAUAGGACGGAUCAGUAUGGCGGCUCUAUUGAGAACAGGUCGAGGUUACCCCUUGAGAUCAUCGAAGAGUGUUCGAAGGCCAUUGGCGCAGAUCGUGUUGGCAUCCGCCUCAGCCCUUACAACUACUUCCAGUCGACCAAGGAUAGUAACCCCAACGAGCACUGGGAGUAUCUUUGCGAAAAGAUCGCCACCUUACCCCAGGAUGUCAGGCCCGUCUAUGUUCACAUGGUCGAGCCGCGCUUUGACGAAGUCCUCGAUGAGCAAGCCAAGCUGGACGCCCUCUCCGCGUACACGUCUAAUGGCGGCAAGGGCGUUGAGGCUGAGGCCACAGUUAAAGUUAAGGGCAACACCCUCGUGAACUUCCGCAACAUUCUGAAGAAGGGCGGUGUCAAGUUCAUCGCGGCCGGUGGCUUUACCCGCGACAACGCGGUGCCCAAGAUUGAAUCCGGCGACGCAGACCUUGUCAUCUUCGGUCGCUGGUUCAUUGCAAACCCGGAUCUGCCCAAGCGACUUGCUGAGGGCCUUGAGCUGAAUCAGUAUGACCGCAGUACGUUCUAUGGCGGUAACGCAAAGGGUUACACCGACUAUCCUUUCUAUGGACAAGAAGUUGCUGCUUGAGCAGCGAAUUCUCGAGGGGAUUUGCAUUGCUGGCGUUGGAUACGAAAUAUGAGAUGGGUUUGCAUAGGUAGAACAUGAAUAGAAAGGGAAUGACAAGAACAUUGACCCAAGUUGGCACGUCUCAUCCCGCCAUACAUCAGCUA